GAGUGGCGAGCUCGUAUUCUGUGUCCGUAGUUCCGUGAGGAGAGACGUGCCGACCAGCCGGAGUCAGGAGUCAGGAACCAGGCACCAUGGGGCUGGAGAAACGAACCAUCAAGAUUAUCAUCAUCGUUGCUGUAGUGGUCCUUGUUAUUGGUGGUAUUAUCGGGUUGCUGCUUGGCCUGCUACUGCCACAGCGUUAUGUUGAGCUGGAAGUCUGGCCCCGGUCUGAGGAGUACAACUGGGAGCAGCCUCUGAUCCAGGUGCGGGGCAACGACCCCGGCAGCUGGCACGUCUGGUACCGGCGACUCAAUGACUUCCUCCGCGUUUACGAGACCUCGAUUCCUGAGGAGCCGCCUCGAGCUCCGUGCUCGGUCCACAACCGUCGCGACCAGCACCUGCGCUCCGACCCCUGUGACAUGGCCAUGAGAUUAUGGCACCCCUGCACCGCUGACGACUUCUAUGGAUACGCCAUGGGGAAACCUUGUGUCUUUCUGAGACUUUCACAUAUCCACUACUGGGUACCAGAGCCCUACAACAUGACGACACCGUUGGCCAUACCUCCUGACAUGCCACAGCACAUACGGGAAGCGAUGCGUCAUCGCCCUGCGAACCAAUACGGUGACUUCGUGUGGGUAUCCUGUGGAGGAGAGUUCAGCGCUGACAAGGAGAACAUAGGCCCCAUCCAGUACAUCCCUGCGGAGUACCCACCAGGGUUCCCCCUCAGCCGGCUGCACACUGCUGACCGGAUUCCCUACUCCGCUAGAAACCUGCCCGAUCAGGUCCCUGGGCCUCUGAUCGCAGUGCAUUUCGAAAACCCACGACGUGGAGUGGUGAUCAACGUAGAAUGCCGCAUCUGGACUCGGGAUAUAUUCUACGAUCCUAAGAGCCGUUACGGACGCGCGCGUUUCGAGUUGUUUGUCGAAUAAGCUGGCAACACUGGUUGCCUUUAAAUGUUAUUUAGGAUUUGCGGUUUAUUUCGAUCUCAGUAUUUUAAUAUUUUUAAUUCUUACUUUAGGAUUUUCUUGAAUAUUAGACUACGCUACUAAAUUAUGGUCAUAGUAGACUCACAGGCCAUUUAAGAUGAAAAUUGUACAAAAUUAGUUUUCAACGUGUUAUACUUUUUAUAUACGAUUAUGGUUAACGUUUCAUACUUCCCAGUUAAAUUAUAAAAGAUAUAUUAAAACUAUAGUUACCUAUAUUCUACGGGUUCAAAUAUAAAAUACGUUUUUAAUACAUAUAAUUAACGAUAUCUACCUGCAUUUCUACCUACACUAACUCCUAGAAUGUAAGUCUUCGUACUGCUUUUGGAAGAUAAUGAAUGAAUGUUUAGUAGUUUAAAUAAUAAAGUGUUAAAAUACAACUCUCAAAUACCGCUACUUACUAUUAAGGGAGAAAAGUUUAAAUAAAAUGUGUUGAAAAGAUCAAUUAUUUAGAGUUAAUAAUUAUUUAUAUUAAAAUUUAUAAUUAUUGUAAGAUCGUAUAUAAUAGAUGUUGUCGUUUCGCUUUAUUUAGAUGUGAUAUUUACCGCAUAUAAAUAUCUGUAAAUGUUGUCAGUACCUGCGUAAUCAUUGUACCUAAACCUAAUCGUUAAUAUUCAAAAUAUACCUACGUAUUGUUAUUUAUAUUGAAUUGUUUCAUAAACUACCUGUACCUACCUGUUUAAAAUAUGAGAAAAAAUUUAAUAUACUUAUGCCUCUACUUAAAAUUAAAUUGUUUCAGAUAAUUACGAUUGCAUAACCUACGUUUUGCUCCUAAAGUAAUUUAUAAGUAAAUACUUAAUGCAUGUGAUCUUUAAGUUUAAAAAUAAUUGUGUAAAUAAAAUAUUUAUUUGUAAGAUCUUAUGUAAUCAUAGUCUGAGAUUAAUUUUGUUACAAUGUUGAAAUUACAAUUUCCUACUGCCUCCAUUUUUUGAUGUCAUCUUGUGAAUAAAAGUAUGAAAAAUAUAA